UCCACUUGAACACUGAGACCCAUCUCCUUCCUGCCCUAUAAGAACAUGCAUGGCCAGACAAGAUAGUACCAUUUUCUAGCAAAGAAAGUUGUCUCUCAGCAAGUGACAUCAAUCUCACCUCCUCUCAAGGCAGGCAAAAGUAGCCGAGGAUGAUCGGUGAAAUGGAUGCGGACAGUGUUGUAGGAUAUUUCAGGGGCAAGAGUAUCCUCAUCACUGGUUCAACUGGCUUCCUAGGCAAAGUGCUCGUAGAGAAGAUACUGAGGGUUCAGCCUGAUGUGAAGAAGCUCUACCUCUUGAUUCGGGCCCCUGAUGCUGAAUCCGCGAAGCUUCGAAUUCAGACUGAGAUCAUAGGUCGGGAGAUCUUUCACGUGCUAAAAGAAAAACAUGGUGUGCAGUUUAAUAAUUUCAUUGAAGAAAAGAUAUGUCCUCUGGUGGGAGAUAUCAUUUAUGAAAACUUUGGACUAGACAAUGUCCAGCUCGAGGAAUUGUCCAAGGACAUAGAUGUCAUUGUCAACGGAGCUGCAACUACAAAUUUCUUUGAAAGAUAUGAUGUAGCUUUCGAUGUGAAUGUCUUGGGAGUGAAGCACGUCUGCGCAUUUGGAGCGAAAUGUCCUAAACUCAAGAUGUUUCUUCAUGUUUCAACUGCGUAUGUAGCUGGUGAACAAGAGGGGAUAAUACCAGAGAAGCCGAUCUUGAUGGGCGAGACCCUAAAGGUGGGCACACAUCUGGACAUCGAGUCCGAGUUAAUUUUAGUCAAGGAUACCAUGCUAGAACUAAAAGCUAGCUGUUCCACGGAAAAGGAUGGGAGGAAAACCAUGAAGGAGCUUGGCUUCAAGAGGGCACGACACUUCGGGUGGCCAAACACCUAUGUCUUCACCAAGGCAAUGGGGGAGAUGAUUAUGGGGAACCUACCAAUAGACUUUCCGGUUGUCAUCAUCCGCCCGAGCAUUAUAACCAGCACCCUCAAAGAGCCAUUGCCUGGAUGGAUGGAAGGAAUCAAGACAAUCGACUCGGUGGUCAUCGGAUACGCCAAGCAGACCUUGCCCUUCUUCCUAGUCGACCUAGAUUUAAUAAUGGAUGUGGUGAGCUUGUUCAUGAAUUGGCAACCAAAAUUUGGAAUGAAACUUGGUGAAGCACACUCAGAGGAUCAGCAGGUGCAAGUCAUCUACCAUGUAACAUCGUCGAUGCGGAACCCGGCACCUUAUUCCAUCCUUUGGAAGUCUCUCUUUCAGUACUUCAAUGACAACCCCCCAUGCACGGGAAGGAAUGGUGAACGUGUUCGGCUGAAGAAGAUGCGGUUCUUCAGCACUGUCAUAUGGUUCAAGCUGUACAUGGCCGUCAAAUACAUGCUUCCCCUCGAGAUGCUUCGCCUAGUGAACAUUGCACUUUGCGGUGUUUUCUCACGGAGAUACAAUGAACUUAGCAGAAAAUUCAGAUUCAUGAUGCAGUUGAGCGAAUUAUAUGCACCCUACACGUUGUUCAAAGGGUGCUUUGAUGACAUCAACUUGGAUAAGCUCAGGAUGGGGAUGAACAAGGACAAUCAAAAUAACAAUGGAGCGUAUUACUUUGAUUUUGAUCCCAAGUACAUUGACUGGGGCGAUUAUUUCUACAAUGUUCACAUCCCUGGUGUGCUCAAAUACACGCGUGAUUGAGUUAUUUCUUUAUAGAAAAAUUUCGAGUGCAGCUACUAUCCAUGGAAAUACAAUUAUUUGUCUAUUCUUUUUAUGAAACACUUAUGUAUUUGUAUUGUACUCCAUUUGUUAUGCAACUCUUCUGAGUAUGUUUGCAAUUCUACUGCACAUAUGGUGUAGUGUUUGCCAGA